GACAGUGAGUCAAAGUACUACUACUCCUAUCAUGGAACAGUGUGGUCCAUGCUGGGAGUAGUAGUACUACCUAAAAAUGAAUAAAAAAGUUAGACACUCACAUACACUAUAUUUUUAUAAUUGUCGGAUACAUUUUAGUGCCCUGCCCGCCCACAUAAAUUGCUUACUGUUUCAAAAUUAAAUAAAAUUUCUUUAAUAAUGUAUAUUUUUUAUAAUUUUUUUUAAUGUUACCCUAUGAAAUUUAAAUAAAAAAGGUAUCUCCCUCACUUUUUUGGAUCGCUAAAGUCCAAAAAAGAUUAAAACCCGCCUGCAAAAACGCCAAAGUUAAAACCCACAUAGCGUUUUUCUUUGCGUUUUUUCACACCCAUAGACUUCUAUGGGGGAAAAACGCAACGUUUUUGCAAAAAAAAACGCCAGACCCUCAGCAAGCAGACGUUUUUAAAAUCCAGCGUUUUUGACCAAAAUCACUAAAAAACUCCAAAAGGAUAAAAAAAACGCCAAACUCAAAAACACCAAGUGCAUAAGGGUUUCUGCAGUUUCCUAUAGACUUACAGCUAACAUCUGGCCGCAGCGUUUUUUCGCAAAAAAAAAACGCCAUGCGGCAAAAUGGGCGUUUUUAACAGCGUUUUUGCGAAAAAUUACUCAGUGGAGACCCGGCUUUAAGCAGUAGUGACAGACCCCUUUAAGUAAAUGUAGUGAAGGCCCCUACUGUCAGGAAAAAACAUACAGGUUCCCGUGUAACUAUAGGCACGUCUGUAAGAUGCACUAAUAGUUAAAUGCAUCCCCAAAUGGCCCAAGCAAUGGCCAUGUUUAAAUUACAUUGCCGAUAUUCUUAAUAUAAAAACACCCUCAGGGUGUCUAAAAUACCAGCUGUGCCUGUAAAAUACCAGCCAGGUGGCAACCUUAGAUGUAAGGUAAAUUAACUUUUUUUUUCCUUUUUUUUUUUUUUUUGUUCCAAUAAACUAAAUGGAAUAAUGGAUGGUAAUUCACAUUCACUAAAAUUGGACGUCCAUCGUAGAAGUUUAAGUGAAAAAUCCUUUUUUGUGGAUGAAAAACUGUCCGCAGGGAGAUCUACCUUUAUAUACAAUAAACAAGAAACUAGAUCCAGCAACUCACCGCCGUGAUGACCGAGCAAAUGGAGGCACAACGAGGAGGCAGGUGGACAGACAAGGAUGGAAAGUCUCACUACCUUCACAAUGACUCCUCUUGUGGAACCUGGAUUGGACAGAGAUCUGACAGCUCAGUGGUGAUUGGUUCUUCCUUUGAUGGCUGCUAUGUGCGCAAGGAGAAUGGAAAUUACAUGGUGACUGUCACUCUAGAAGAAAUUCUACAUACUGGAAAACCCCAAUAUCACAAGAAGGAUCUGAUGUGCCCUAUUCUUCCUGCUCUCCCAGCUAUGGAUGCUCCUAGUGCGAGUGAGUGCGCUUCAGUUCAGCAAGCUGACCGUCUGCAGUGUGCCAAUGACUCUGUAUCCAGAGAGAUCUGUGAAGGCCUUGGAUGCUGCUUCUCUCAGGAUGUCACCCUGCGCUGCUUCUAUGGAAAGAAAUUGACUGCCUAUUGCUCUGCUGAGAACACCAUGGUGGUUGCCAUCUCAAAAGACCUGGCUGUACCAUCCCUACUCCUGGACUCUGUACGUGUAGUGGAUGUAGAUUCCAACUCCUGCCCCAACCUGAGGGUAGCAACAACUGCAUCAUUCAUUGGGUACCAGAUCCCGCUGUCCUGUGGGAGUCCCCAACAGGUGGCUGGCAUGUCUAUAGUGUACGAACACACAUUUGAGGCAACCAAAAAUAUAAGGACUUGGCCAAUGGGAUCCAUCACUAGAGACAGUACAAUAAGGGUGACUGUACGCUGCAGCUACUCCAAUUCUGGUAUUACCCCUCUGCAAGUAGAAGUUCUGACCCUUCCUCCACCUCUCCCUGUAUCUACAUCUGGACCUCUGCUCCUGGAGAUGAAAAUAGCCCAAGAUGGGCAGUAUACCACAUACUAUGCAGAUCAAGAUUAUCCUAUUGAGAGAAUAUUAAGGGAUCCUGUAGAUGUUGAAGUUCGGAUUCUGCAGAGGACUGACCCCAGCAUAAUCCUGGUCUUAAACAACUGUUGGGCCACCAAUUCUCCUGUGCCUACUGAUGCUCCCCAAUGGCCCAUCUUAUUAAACAGCUGCCCUUUUGAAGGAGACAACUAUCUUACCCAGCUGGUUCCUGUUGGCCCUUCCACACAGGCCGUGCCUUUCCCAACACACUACAAGCGCUUCAUUGUAAGCACCUUCACCUUUGUGGAUUCUAGCACCCAGACUGCUCUUAAUGGAUUGGUGUACUUCCACUGCAGCGCUUCUGUAUGUGUCCCAUCUGCCGCGGAGUCAUGUUCUGUGAACUGCGCCCCAAGGAAAAGGAGAGCAGCUAAAUCAUGGGAACCAGAGGAUGCACCUACCACAGUCACUUCUCAUGGUCCAGUUAUGUUUUAUUCUGAAGCUAUGGAAGCAGAUAAGGUUCUUCAUGAAGAGGAAGGUUCCCUUGGUUCUGAUCUUGCCCUGAUUUGGCUGCAAGGAGCAGCAAGUGUUGGCUUCAUCUUGAUGGUGUCACUUCUUGGUAUCUACUUGUAUAGCAGACAAAAGAAAUGCGCAGUGUCCAGUGUGAAUGCUUAAAUAAAGAUUU